AUGGCGGCCACGCAGAGACUGAAGUGGUCGCGGCUGUUGCUCCCGGGUAGGUGGCCGUCCCCCAGGCUCUCCGCGGCCCCGGCCCCCGGCUCCCGGGUGUGGGCGAGCACGUACUCCCGCACGGCGCUCUACGACCUGCUCGGCGUCCCCGCCACCGCCUCGCAGGCGCAGAUAAAGGCGGCGUACUACCGGCAGAGCUUCCUCUACCACCCGGACCGCAACUCGGGGAGCAGCGAGGCCGCCGAGCGUUUCUCGCGCAUCGCCCAGGCCUACCUGGUGCUGGGAAGCGCCACCCUGCGUCGCAAGUACGACCGCGGGCUGCUCACCGACGAGGACCUGCGCGGGCCGGGGGUGCGGCCCUCCCGGGUGUCGGCGGCAGACCCCGACCCGCCCUGCGCCCCACCGCCCGCCGCCUCGGCCGGCCGGGCCCGCGCUCGGGACGGACGCCGCUCCGCGUCGGAUGCCCAUCGCACCAUGUUCGACUUCGACGCCUUCUACCAGGCGCACUACGGAGAGCAGCUGGAGCGCGAACGGCGCCUCCGGGCCCGCCGGGAAGCCCUGCGUAAACUCCAGGAAGAGCGGGCCAAGAGGGGCUUCCGCUGGGACGAGACCCGAGACCUGUCUUUGAUUCUCCUUUUCCUUGCCCUCUUCGCCAUCUUCGGCUUUCGGGUUUAACCGGAGAAGGGAGGGUAAAAAGGAGCCACCCCAGCCAGCCCGCACAAGAGACCGGCCUGCAUGUACUACCUCUGCUGGGGUGUGAAGAAACCGCACUCCUACGCCCUGCCCUCCUGCUCCACACAGCCAAGAACCGUUCUAGGAAGGAAGUGUUUCCAUGCCCUAAGGUGGGGGGUGGAGAGGGCUUCCUAACGGACGGAGAGUCCUGAAAUCCCAUGAUGAAGGGUUUUCCGGGGUCCCUGCUUCUACAGGUUGCCUUCUGCUUCAGCCUGCAGAACAACUUGCUGAGGCUUCAUUGGAAAAUCUCAGCAAGACUUGUCUGCCUUUGGGCCUACAGUAUUUGUCCCUUGUGGCCAAAACCGUGCAAUAUUUUCUCUGACGUAGUUGGCUGCCAAAAGAACAAUCCUGGGGUUGCCCAAACUUUGCCUUUCUAUCCAUUUCUGAAUCCACAGGUGAGAGCUGACUGACCCAGGAUAAGAAUGUGGUCCUGGAAAGCACUGCUAUUUGUUUUGGGUUGCCGCACGGCUCUCCUUUCUGUCUGUGGCAGUGGGAACUGGGAAAACAAGGUCAUCUGGCAUAAGGAGUAUGCCAUUUUGUGUACCUCAUGAAUGACCUUGGCUGCUCUGUGGUUGUCACAGGCAGAGGUUAAUCAUUUGCUGCCUUGCGGCCUGUCACACUUUACUACAGUCCAGAGUUUCCAUCCCAUGCAAUUAUUUACAUAGUAUAAUCUCAGCUGAGCCGGGAAGUGUGCUUGUCACUUCUCUUCCCUGUACUAGCCACCCCCAUCCCUAACUGCCGACUGUCACACAGCACUUGUAGCUGUCACAGUAAACGCAGUCAUUGGGAGACUUUACAGGUAGAUGAAGAAUUCUAGGCCACGGCUGGGAAUGUGGCUUAGUGGUAGAGUUCUUGCCUAACAUGCAUGAAGCCCUGGGAUUGAUUCCUCAGUA